AUGUCUCUAUCGUCUCCCUCUUUUCAGUCUCCUACAAAACUUUCACAGUCUUCAAAUACGGAUCUUCAGCAUCCAAUUGUACCUGUUUUUCGACCAACCUAUGAUGAAUUUAAAAAUUUCUCAAACUAUAUCGAAACAAUCGAAGCACAAAAUACACAUCGAAUUGGACUAGCUAAAAUUAUUCCACCAAAAGAAUGGGUAGCACGAGAAAGUGGAUACAAUAAUAUACAAUCAAUGGAUGUUAAAUCUCCAAUAAAACAAGAAGUACAUGGCAAAGAUGGUAUCUAUGAAAUUUAUAAUAUUCAACAAAAAACAUUAAAUUUAACAGAAUUUGAAAAAUUAUCCAACAAUGAUCGUUAUCGUGCACCAUUAGAUGAUUAUCAAUCAUUAGAGAGAAAAUAUUGGAAAAAUUUGACAUAUGUUGCACCUGUCUAUGGUGCAGAUGUCAGUGGAACUCUCUACGAUAGUAAACAAUCGUAUUGGAAUUUAAAUUGUUUGGGUACAAUAUUAGAUGAUCUUGAAUUAGAAUAUGGUACAAAAAUUCAAGGUGUUAAUACUUCGUAUCUUUAUUUUGGAAUGUGGAAAGCAACAUUUGCAUGGCAUACCGAAGAUAUGGAUUUAUAUAGUAUCAACUAUUUACACUACGGAGCACCAAAGCAGUGGUAUGUUAUUCCUCCAUCGUAUGGCAAAAAAUUUGAACGUUUAGCAUCGACCUAUUUUACAAAUUUAUCUCGUCAAUGUCCUGCCUUUCUACGUCACAAAAUGACGCUAAUAAGUCCGUCGAUCUUGCAAUACAACUCAAUUCCUUAUAGUAAAAUUACUCAACAUCCAAAUGAAUUUAUCAUAACGUUUCCUUAUGCUUAUCAUAGUGGUUUUAAUUAUGGUUAUAAUUGUGCUGAAUCAACAAAUUUUGCGAUGAAACGUUGGCUAGAAUAUGGUAAACAUGCGAGUGCAUGCUCUUGUCGACACGAUAUGGUUAGUAUUGGAAUGGAUAUAUUUGUUAAAAAAUAUCAACCUGAAAUAUAUGAACAAUGGUUACUUGGCAACGAUCAUACACCUCAUCCAGAAUCAGAUCAUAAUAGUACAAGAAAACGGAUGUCAACACCGUCGUCUGUAUCGAAAAAACGUUUACCAUUUACAAAUAAAUUGAUUCUAAAAUCUGCAACAAGAACAAUGUCUGGAACGACAAUAUUACCAAUAAAUGAUGAAAUAACAACACGUUAUCAACAUCAACAGACAGUUUCAAAUGAACGUUAUUUAAAAAUAUUUACAUGUUUAUCAAAAUAUGAUAAACAGCAACAAUUUGAUUAUUCACUAGCAACAAAAAUAAAUUCAUUGUAUUCUGUACCACUAUUACGUUCUGCAUUAUCUCGCUCAAAAUCGAAAUUAAAAACACAAAAUAAUACAUUACUCAGUUUGACAUCGAAUAUCGUCGAAAAAUAUCAAUCAAAAUUAGAAUAUGAUCUGUUUUCUUCGAUUAAACCAUUGUGGUUAUUUAACGGUUUAAAACAAGCAGGAAAAUAUCGUGAACAAAUUUUAUGUGAAUUAUGGCAAUUCAAUAACGUUAAAUAUGAUUUUGAUAAAGAAAAAUCUUUUAAUCAAUGGUUAAGUCUAAAAGCGCCCCAUUGUUCAAUAUGUCAGCUAUUUACAAUGAAUAAAGAUAAUGAGAGUGACAUUGAACAAGAACAAGAAUUUCUAGUCAAUGAUGUUGUUUUUCAUUUAUUCAAUAAACAAGUACCUACCACAUCGGCGUCUCCAAAACUUUUAAUAUUAACACAAUGUCAGAAAUGUAAAAUUGUUGUACAUCAAACAUGUUAUAGGAAUAUAUGUAUGCUAAAUAAUAACUCAACAAAUUUAUCUGAUGAAGAAACAAAUAAUCAACAACAAUGGCUAUGUCAACGAUGUAAACAACAAACAAAUGAAAUAUCGACAACAACAUUACAGAGAAUAAAUGAAGGUUGUUCGUUAUGUUUACUAAGUGGCGGUGCAUUAAUAUUGAAUACAAAAGAAGCAAAUGAACACAAAUGGGCACAUAUUGUAUGCUUAAUUUAUCAUAAAUCAUUCCAAUCGUCUCCAGUGUUAACGAAUGAAAUUUCUUCUACGAUCGUUACCUCAUCGUCUUCAUCUACAUCGACCACAACAACGGCAGCAGUCAUACAAAAAAAAAAUCAAUGCCAUUAUUGUUGGUCAUUUUGUCCAUUGGAUAAACGUCGUUUACCAACAACAAUUGUUAUAUGUGAUUAUCCAAAUUGUUUCAAUCAAUAUCAUGUUACUUGUGGAUUGAUUAGUGGUUGUACAUUUGACAUUGGAAAUUGGCCAAAAUUGUUACAUACCUAUUGUCAUUUACAUUCGAAAAAUCAAAUGAAAUAUGUAUCAAAUUUUCGACAUAAGAAAAAAAAGAAAAAAGGAAAAUUGAAUAAUAAUGAAAGUGAAAUGGAAAUAGAUGAUGAUGAUUGGAAUGGAACAACAACUGAUAAUGAUCAGGAUCAAAUAGUAGUUGGAACAACUAUUCUAUUAAAACCCUAUCGAAAUCAGACAACCGAACAUCUCGAAGGAAAACUAAUAUCAAUUGAUCCUGUUGUACAUUAUGCCGUUGAUUUUUUUGAUGGUAGUUUUAGUCGAGAUAUGUUACGAGAAGAUCUUCUGUUACCGUCACCAAAUGAUAUGCCAUUACUCGGUACAAAUAUCAAUGUCAGAUGGACAGAUGAUCAAAUUUACCCGUGUACCUAUGUUGGUAGUAAACAAGUUUUGUUCUAUACAAUUUUAUUCGAUAAUGGUGAAACAAAAAAAAUUCGACGACAUGAAUUUCGAAUAAAAAAUUCAAAUAAAAAAAAACGUGAUGAACAACAUAGUGUACAUCGUCAAUCGAUUUCGACCGCAAAACGAAAACGAAAACGAAAAAUUCUUUUAUUAUCAUCAUCAUCUUCAUCAUCUAAUUCUUCAUUAUCAGAAAGUCCGCCACCAACGCGUCAUUCAAAGUCUUCUUCUUCAACCUAUACUCCUUCCGACGAAUCAUUAUUUUCUCUAUCAAGUGAGAAAUCAAGAUCACCAUCACCGGUAAAAAGACGAACUAAAACAGCACGACGUUUAAAACAGAAACGACCUUAA